AUGAUUACCUUAAAUCACACCGGCGUUAGUCACACAGUCUUCCGGUUGCUGGGCAUCCCUGGCCUUGAGGACCAACACAUGUGGAUUUCCAUACCCUUCUUCAUUUCCUAUAUUAUCAACCUGCUUGGAAAUAACCUGCUCAUUUUCAUUAUCCUCACGAAGCGCAGCCUCCAUGAGCCCAUGUACUUCUUCCUCUGCAUGCUGGCUGGAGCAGACAUUGUCCUCUCCACGUGCAUUGUACCUCAGGCUUUGGGCAUCUUCUGGUUCCACGCUGGGAAGAUCUCCCUGGAUCGCUGUGUCAGUCAGGUAUUUUUCUACUCUUCCAUUUUCAUCUCUGAAUCAGGGAUCUUGCUGGUGAUGGCGUUUGACCGCUACAUUGCCAUUUGCUACCCACUGAGAUACACCACUAUUCUAACACACUCACUGAUUGGGAAAAUUGUCUGCAUUGUUCUGAGAAGUUUUUGUACAAUAUUCCCCAUAAUAUUUCUUCUGAAAAGACUGAAUUUCUGCAGAAGUAACAUUCUUCCACACACCUUCUGUGAACACAUUGGCUUGGCCAAAUAUGCUUGUGAUGAUAUUCGAGUGAACAUCUGGUAUGGACUUUUUGUCAUAAUAUCAACAGUGAUCAUAGAUGUCCUGUUAAUUUUUGUUUCCUAUAUGAUGAUUCUUCAUGCUGUCUUCCACAUGAGCUCCAAAAAUGCUCGCCACAAAGCUCUCAACACAUGUGGCUCCCAUGUCUGCAUCAUUGUCCUCUUUUAUGUACCUGCGAUCUUCACAAGUCUUUUUCAGCGAUUUGGACGCCACAUUCCACCUCAUGUCCACAUCUUGUUGGCGAAUGUCUUCGUUUUGGUCCCACCUAUGGUUAAUCCCAUCAUUUAUGGGAUCAAGACUAAGCAAAUCAGAGAGCAGGUGGCUCAUAUAUUUUUCCCAAAGCAGAAAUAA